GAGUCGGGUUCAGGACAUUGACGAAAACGCGUCUCGUCACGUGAUAUAGGAAACCGGUUUUUCCGAUUUACCGAAUUUCCCGACGCUUGCGAAAGUGGGCAGUGCUAUAUGACCUAUUUUUAUGGUUUUGAAUUAGUGAUUUGUGUAUUUAUUGAUGAAUUGCAGUUAACAUGGUGGAUUUCUUUGCGAGUUUUUGAUAAGCUAGUCGAAAAGCGGAAGAAAAUUCUCAAGGGACAUUUUUAGAGAUUGUCUUCAAUAUGCUGCCAAACGAGAAAAUCUUAUAUUCUACAAAUAAAUAUUUCAUUUCCAAGAAUUCAAUCGUCUUCUACGAUGGAUGUGGAAUAUGAAAAUUAUUAUCCGUCGUAGACGAAUUAAGCUAAAUGGAGGAUUAUCCUUAGAUUAGUCAUGGAAAAAGAUACGGGUCACUUUUGUUACGACCCUUAUCCUACGGUAUCGAAACAAAAUACGAAUUCUCUAAAACUGGAUGUUAAUAAGAAGAAAAAAGAAGAAAAAUCGUGUUGCUGCUUCGGAAAGAAAGCGAAAAAGAGAAGUAAGACGUUUCUAGCCGGAUUAGCCACUAAUAUUGGUAUAUGUGUACUACUUUUUGGUUACACUUUAAUAGGCUCGGUUAUAUUCCUUUCUAUCGAAGGAGGUAGCAAUUACCAACAUCAAAUAUUAGCGACAACAUCAUUAUCAACAAAUAUCGAUAUUACUAAUAAAAAAUCCAAUCAUAGUGCAGAACUCAAAGCUAAAGCAGACGAAGCAAGAGCUAGAACUGUAGAAAGUAUUUGGGAUAUAACUGUCAGUUUGAAUAUAUUAUACAGAGAUAAUUGGACCCGAUUAGCAGCUCAAGAAAUAACCAAAUUUCAAGAGGAGUUGCUUCGGUCCAUGGCCGAGGAGAUGGCCUUGCAUCAACCACUACAAGUUGCAAAAUUCGAUGUGAAAUCUACGAAUGAUAAUUACGAAUGGAGCUUCGCAAAAGCAUUUCUUUAUUCUUUAACAGUUUUAACGACUAUAGGAUACGGAAGUAUAGCACCAAGAACAUCUUUAGGAAAAGCGGUUACCAUGGGAUAUGCAAUGCUAGGUAUACCACUAACGUUACUUUACCUGUCUAGUGUGGGAUCCAUCUUGAGUAGGGUGGCGAGAGGUGUAUUUUCUAGAGCCCUCUGCUGUUGUCUCUGCUCUAAUUGCGGGUAUUGUUGUUACGACGAAAAGAGAAUGGCUGAGAAGGAAAGGAGGAUGAAGAGGAAAAGACAACAGAUGGAACUGCAGCAACAGUUAGGACUUCAAGAACCGUUUUACGUUCGUUCGAAUUCGAGCUAUAGCAACAAUAUACAUUCGCCUUGUCGAGAUGGUCCUAUAAAAGAAUUAGAUAAUUUGAGUGGUACCGACAACGAAUCAAAAUCAUCCAUGCACGGUUGGUCGAUUUUAGCGCCCAUUAUAUUGUGCCUCUGCAUCAUGUUCAUAUACAUAUGUCUAGGUACGUUUGUUUUAUACAAAUUAGAGGAUUGGCCGCUCCUGGAUGGGUUUUAUUUUUGUUUCAUGAGCCUAACGACGAUUGGGUUCGGAGAUAUGGUACCAGGAGCUGAUCCCAUGCAGUACGAUUCCAGUACUACCAUAUGGUUUUGUUCUAUCUACAUUAUGUCCGGUAUGGCAUUAACUGCCAUGUGUUUUAAUGUCGUUCACGACGAAAUUAUACAUAGAUUGAAGCACCAAGAAAAAUCUUUACCGAAAUUGAGCUCGACAAGUUUUCCGGACGAUCUGAAUAUCAGCAACGAUCCUUUCAAUAUGACUUCAUGACAAUUUCCCCAGAAACCCAACAAUAUCUACAGACGUAAUCUAACUGAAGAAACGUUGCUGAGUACUGGUGGCGUUGGUACUCCCACCUCCACUAUCGAUAUCAAUAUAGGAACUGGAGUCGAAAUGUUACCGGUACCAAAUAAAAUACCGGAGGUUUUAGAAGGACCAGUCAAAACGGGCGUGUAUACACUACAUGAAGAGCCUGAAAACGAAGAAGCCGCCGAACAAAAUACUGAAAUGUGAAAUCGAGACAAAUUUUGUAAAUAUUAUAUAAAAUGUGUUGAACAACAUAAAUCAGGGUUAAAUUCCAUUUAGUUCAUCAACUUUUCUGUCGAUAUUUGUUGUGAUUAUUUUGAUCCUUAUUCAAUUUUUUUAUACUGGUAACUAGAGGGAAAUUGUGGGUAACUAUCUAUUUGUUUAUCAAAAAAAAAUGUUCGGUGAUAUUCUCUAUUGAUUUUCUCAAAUUUAAAAAAAAUUCUAAACUUGUAAAUACAACGUAAGUUAGAGUCAUAUCUCGAACUAUAAUAGAGUAUAUCGUCGUCCUAUAACAAGUUUCUGGUCUACAGGGUGACCAAAUCAUUACAAACUACCAAGCGUCCCAAAUUUAUUUUAUGUAAAACACCAAUAGUGGAAUCAAAAUUUCAAUAAUAAAACUUUGAUGCUUCUAUACGACUUUAUUUUCAAAGUGGACCAACCCAUUGGGAAUGAUUACAUCGAUUUGACUUACCCUGUACUUAAAUGAUCAAUACUUUUUCAAUGUAGAAAAUAUAUCGAACGACGAUACUUAUUUCGAUAAUUCAAAUAAGAAGGAAUUUGUAUAUAUUUGGGAAUUUGAUAAAAAAUGUCAAUUAAAAAUAACAAAUUUUUCUUCCAAUUGGUGUAAUAGAAUAUUUGUAAAAUUUCGUGUCUUUUCGAUCGCUGCUGUGGUUAUUUUCAAAACAAUAGAUUCAAAACCAUUUCUUGUGUUAAUAUUUCAUUGCUCCUUGAUGAAAAAAAAUACUGUACAAGCCCAGCAAUGGCUUCAAAACUAUUAUCCGGUCUCUGAUUCAUCGAAAAGAACCAUCUUGUUAUUGGUUUCCUGAAUUAAAACGAUGAUUCUGAACGUUCUGGUCGUCCAAUUGAUGUGGUUACUCCAGAAAAGUCCAUAAAUUGGUUUUAUAAAGAUAUCAGAAGGCAAUGUGUUUACAAUUAUACAUAAACAUUUGACCACGACUCACAGUCGAUCAAAAAUAACAACUUGCUGAGAAUUCAGAGCUUGUUUGUACGUGAAAAAUCAGAUUUUUUAAGUCGAUAUGUGGUAAUGGAUGAAACAUGGAUCCAUCACUUCACUCAAGACGAUCAUGUGAGUGGAGUGCAGCCGGAGAACCACGUCCGAAGCGAACAAAGCCACAACAGUCAGUUGGGAUGGGACGGUUUUGGCUUCAUAGAAUAUUGUUUAUCGACUAUAUCCAAAAGGAAUAGAAAAUCAAUAGCGAGUAUUACAUAGAGCUGUUAGAUCGUUCCAAAAUCAAGGAAAAACGAAAAAAAAAACACUGUUUCACCAAGACCAAUUCACAAGUCGAUGGCAACGAUGUUUAAAUUGAACGAAUUACACUUCGAAUUGCUUCCUCAUCCACUGUAUAGUCCUGAUCCGGCCACCAGGGACUACUGGCUAUUCGUAUAUCUCAAAAAAAUUGCCGUGACUGUCUAUUUUGAGGCAAAAGACAAAUCCUUCUACGACCACGACAUCGAGAAGUUAUAGAAGCGUUUGAAUAAUUUUAUUGCUCUUGCUAUUGCUAUAUUGAUGAAUAAAAUUGAUUUUUGGCGAAAAGUUAGUCACACGACUUAUUAACAGUUGUCCAAAUAUAUUAUAUAACUUAGAACCGAUACUGAUCGAUUUGACAUAACCUAACUUUAUUUGUAUACUUAAAAAGUUAAGUAUUCGGUUGUUUAGAAUAUAAAUUUCUUGAGCUAAAACAAACUUCUUCAUUUUUAUUCAUACUAUGAACUCAUCAACUUGUAAUUUACAUAGUUUUUGAAUUUUUCUAUUACCUACAUUGUGAGUUAAAAACCAAACUCGUCCUCGCCUUUUUUUAAGCAGUUCUUUGUUAAAAAUAGAUUUUUGAAACGAGUUUUUUGAACUUUUGUACAAAUUGGGAACUGGUAUGUACAAUAAAUGAACAAGGAAAAGGAUAUUUAAUACGUUUUAUUUCAAUUCUAUUUCGGAAAACAAUAUUUUAUAACCUAAAUGCCAAGUUCCUUCUUAUAUUAACAGUUGUAUAUUAGAUAAUAUACCUAAAUAUUAAUAGUAUCAUCUACAGUUUUUGAAAAAUUGUACAUACUCUUUGAAUUUAAUUUUCAUGUUGAAACUGAUCAAAUUCAAUGUUUAGGAUGUUUGUUAACAAAAACACGUUAAAUGUAAUUUAUAAAAAUAUUGUCCGAAUGAGAAUGAAUAUAUGAGAUUUGUAAUAAUAAAAGAAUACCUUCAAAAUGAAUUUUUUUUAUACCCAUCCAAACAAAGUACAACAAAUUUACAUCGAUUUAGCACUCAACACAAAAAUUGUUGGCAAUUUCCAUUUCCAUAAAUAGUAAUUUAUUCUUUAAAAUCAUCAAAUUUUGCUAACGCUCUUAUCAAGUUAUCUUCAGCUGUAGAUUCAGGAAAACUCCUCGCCCUGAUUAUAUUCGAAAUUUUUGUUCUGUCCAAUAUCACUAAAAAUCCGAUCAACAGCACUGCAAAUAUCAUAGAGGCGGUCAUAAUCACUGAUUGUAAAGAAUUACUAGGCAUUACUACAUGCGUUUCUUGAUGAUUGGGUACCAUAUAAUCACAAAAGCGAUAAUUUUGGUGGAUCAUUAUACCGAAAUAUUAAAAUAAUCUUCACGUACUGAUGGAUUAUUAGUUAAAUUUGUUGUUUUUAUAAUCCGAUAUGGUAGAGGAUUCGAACAAAAACGUCUCUCACAUGUUCAGCGUUGCAGUCACGAGUUUCAUUAUAACGAUAAUUGUGUCGAAAAUUACAUCAAUUAUUAGAUUGUAUGUAAAGUAUAUUUUUGAAUAACUCAUAUUUAUGUAUAUACGUCUAAUUGAGUUCCAAAAACC